UUUAAGACAAGGUCUUACUCUAAAAAUGCUGCCGUUUGUGGUUGUGUUGUGUUUCGUAGCGGGAGGCUUUGGGCAAAAGUUGCCGCCGAUUACAGUUCCAACUCCUUCAACGCGACCAACACCACCACCACCGCCACCAGGCAACUUAACGGAUGACGAAGGCAAUGUGUACAAUGUCAAAGUGACUCGAGCAGGCAUGAAUCUGUAUAACAGCACUGGGUCUCUGCUAUCGACCAUUCUCAACCAGGACGGUUGGCUAAUAGUGCGCGACCCUAUCAGCGGUGACUGUGUGAUCGGGGUGCCCGACGUAGAGGGCGACAACGCCUGUUACGUGGAGAGUGCGUACAGUGGCGUCGUACCGGCCAACACACUCUGCAAGGGGAAGAUCGUGCAGCAUGUGAAAGUGCCCUGCGAGGUAGAGGAACCUCAGGAACCAGAGGAACCAAAGGAACUCUCGAAGAGGCAAAUAUGGCCAGCACCGAUUUGGCAUAGACGGCCCCGUUGGUCCCGCUGUUGCCGUUGGAGACGCGUCGCGUGGUGGCCCUGUAGUAGAUCCGUGUGCCUCGCCUACAACAACCUUCGCCGCUGCGUGUCAUGGGGUUGCGGAUUGUGGGGCUGGCGCUGGCGCUGGGUUCGGAUCUGCGUCGAAGGCUACGAGAGGCCAUGGUGGGGUUGGUGGGGUUAAUGAUGACCUUACAACAGCAAUUUUGCGCUUACCUGAUUCCAGUUUUACUUCCUAACAGCGCACAUAUGCAAUAGAAAACACGAAACAACAAGUUUAAGCAACACUAUUUAAAUUUCUGUAUUAACUGAAUAAAACUUAAUAACAUU